AUGCCUUUGCUAAAUGGUGAACCCUUUAUUAAGCAAGAACCACCAUCUGAUCUUCGACCCGAAGAAGAGGUUUUCUUCUCUCCUAUCACCUUUGAGGUCUUUCGAAACUACGAUGACUUCUUUGAGCGUACUAUUCAGUUGAACAGCAUGAUCUGGGGCUGCAGCUUCUGCGGUAUGCACAACCUCAACUACCGCGAGGCGCUGGCCUGCGAGGAGGGUGAUCGCACCCGUCUGGCUGCUUUUGGAGUAGGACUGUCGCGAGGUCUCCUGCACAUUAUGUUGCACGCCCGGCGUCGACGUCUUGCAGACCUUGUCGACGUCCUUCUUGCUUUCACCACUUCUCGAUUCUUCGUCGGCGAGGAGUUGUGCCUCCGUCGGUGUGAAGUUACCAUCAGCUCUGAACCCUCGGUCGUCGUCGAACGAGUUAUUUUACCACCACCAAGGCCCAAAUCCGAAGAUAUCGAAAACGAAAGGCCUCCGACAAUGCCUGAUCCCAAGUUAAUCAAAUACGUCGUGCGUGGCAUUGAAAACCAAAUAAGCUCAAACAGCCCUACUGAUUCGAAUCCGACACUAAUUCUACCCCAUUCGGCUUUGCACCGCCCGCCACAAAAGUUUCUCACUCGCGACAGGAUAAAAUCUUUCAUUAGGCAGACUGGCAAACUGGAGAACCAGUUCUUCGUUCCUCGGGAAUCCGUGAUAAGGUACUUCAACCUUUACCCUCUUGGAAGCCUCAAAUGGGCGGAUGUAUUUGCCGAACCGGAUCUACCUUGGUCUGACAUUGUGACUCCACGAAUCGUAACUGGUCGUGAAAAAAUGCUGAUGGUUUCAAGGGAUGGUUCAAAUGCUGCAACAAAGAGAGCUGGUAAUGCUUCCGUCACAGUAAAAUCUAUAGGAAUUUCCAUAAACAACCACUCAUCGUCAGAGUUUGGUACCACCAAUAUCCACCGUCUCACCCGAAUUGAACGAACCGAUUUGGAGCGCACUUGGUCCCUCCUCCGCAAACGCGAUGACCUUGAUCUCUCCGACCUCGUUCCACUGCCACCACUCACGCCUCUCCGACUGCGGCGCUUCAUCCCACCAGAGGACUUUGGUGUCUGCCUCCAAGUCUACGAGUUCUUCCACGUCUUCGGAGGUCUUUUACACCUUCCAGUACCCGGUGCAGCGCGACAGGUUGUGAAGGGCGAGGCAGGGAAGUCUCCUGUUGUCAUGGAGGAUGAGGACGAGGAUGGAGGUGGUUAUGACGGAAUCACCUGGGAGAUGUUGGAAGAUGUACUAUUCAGUCAAGACCCUAUGGGCCCAUUCGCUGAUGUUUUAUUUGGUCUUCUAUGUGCUAUUCGGCGUCUAGAGAGCGAAACAAAUAGUCGACAGCUGCCACCCACUGCUGAAGCCGCCGCUGCUUCCACCGUCUCCGCCAUCGCCACACUGGAAGCAGGUCUCCCCCUCGCCUCUGCAGGCUUUCUUACAGGCCUUGGUUGCUCUCAGGAGUACACUGCGGUGCUUGCAGAUACCCUUACCACUGCCUCCGGUUCAGUUCUCGCCGCGAUCUUCCAUGCAACAGCCGAGGCCACGCGUCAAUGUGAGCUUGUCGGUCUUGCACCCAUCCACUCGGCACUGACAUCGAGAGCGGAACGGGCCGCUGCUACAGUAGCCGUUGGUGGCGUCUCGGUGGCUGCGCCGUCAGAGGGCGGAACGAGCACUGGCCGCUCGUGGGCGGUCCGCGCCUCUGCGCUGGCUGUCGCUCUCGGUGCGGCUUCACUGCCGCCACUGGAUAGGGCGGGAUUGGCAGAAGCCCUUUGGCUUCACAUCAGUACUGCACCAGCUAAGACGGGCGGGUGGAGGGGUUCUAUUUGGGGUGGCACGAGACCGCUGGAUGAUCCCUGUGUUGAUCUGAUGCGGAGUAAUCGGGAGAUUGUGGACAAACUACGAUCAGUGCCUCUCUACACCUGGCCACUGAGCGAUCGCCUUGCGCUGAUCGUCAGUCUCAUUGACGAAGUGCUGCUACAACCGCAGUUGCGCGAACGUAUGGAGGCCGCCUCUGAGGGUCUCCGACAUCUGCGAUUACAGCUGCGUGGGGUGCAGGCGGAACGCUACAAGUUCUAUGGUGGCAAUGCGAACAUCGCCAACAUGCUCUACGGCUUCUCGCCCUCCACCCUCAUUUCUACCAGCGACAGCUGGCUCACUGGCACCCCACCCAUCCUCCGCAACAGUAUGAAUCGGCCCCGCAAGAAGACCAUUGAGGCAGCGAAGGCAAAAAUUGCAGCAGAGUUCAACUGUGCCAAGGGAGGGGGUAUCGAAUCAGACAGUCAGAAGGCGGGUUUGGGUGCAGAUGGCAAGGCAUCGUCGGGAGCGGGGCUGCAGCUGCCACCUAUCAACUCCAUCAGUGCGGAGUUGGAGAAGGCAGAGCACACGUUGUGGCAAUCUGUUCUUCGUACGGCCAGACGCUUCUCUAUGAUUCCCCUCGGUCAGGAUCGCAUAUACAGGCGCUACUGGCUGGUGCCGUCACUACCAGCCGUCCUGGUGGAGGACACCUUGCAGGAGGCUUCUGCAUUCCCUCUCCCCUUCACCUCCCCCGUCAAGGCUGAGGGCAGUGCAUUGCAGGUACCAAUACCUGCUGCGCUGCGCGUUCGCGGCCGUCAAGUUGGUGCGGGCACAGCUCUUGGGGCGAGCGCAGCGGAGGCGGCACGCAACCUAAAACGCGCGAUUGAGCAACUGUGUGCCAGUGCAGAGAUGGAGGACGAGCAUUGGCAGAACCCUCGCCUACUGGAUCGCGACUCCCUCCUCUCCCAGCUCGCCAUUGAUCUACCUGCUAAUCGAGAGGCUCUGACGUUGGAUCAGCUUAAGAGUCUGAUCCAUCCAGCUCGUCGUGGAAACGCCCAAGUUGACAUUGAUCAUCCAGCUGUUGUACAGGUGGAAGAGUUGCAAAAAAACUCUCCCCGUUGGUCCCUCCUCCUCCCUCUACCACCUGAAGGAAGAGCAGGGGCAACGGAAAUGGAUACAAAGGAAAGUCGAUACGCGGGCGGCCGCCGAGCCAUCGAUCAGUUAGAGGCUUCAUUGAACCCUCGAGGCACCCGAGAAUCUCACCUGCGUAAGGCUGUUUGCCAACUGCGACCUAUACUCAUCACUGCAGUCGCGGAGUGUCCAGUAGAGGUGCUAGCGGUGCCUGAAGAAGUGAAGAAAGAGGGAAACGCAUCCCUUCCGACGAAAGAUACUCUGUCAAUUCUACUUGCUUGGCUUGAGACUGCAGUACAUGGAGUCGCAAUGCGUUUGGGUGUUCCGCUUACAAAACUGGAAGAAGGAACGAAGACUAUGAGGAUGGAGGAUGGGGAGGAGGCCGAUUCUAGUGAUGAAGCAACGAAUCCUUCCAGUGAUGAACCGUACCAACGACAGAAAUUUCGCCAGUUGGCACAAAUGAUCCUCGCCCUUGGCAACGCCGUCGGUCCGCGUCGUUUAGCAGCUCCGCUUAGUGCCGACGAUCGUUCUCUUCGUGGAGCUCUGCCCUCAACUGCCAGUCUUGCCUCCCUAGAUGAAGUCAGCACGUCUUCGCCAUCAACACCGCAAACAUUAUCGGGGUUUGACAUGUCGACAGUGGGUGGCGCGACCACGGGGUUCCAGCGGUGGUGCAACUGUGUGCGCUCGGCCACUACCACCGCUCAACUGCACCUCCUCUUGCGCGCCCUUGAACGCUCUGUGCGGAAGGCCAAUCGGGGUGGGCGUGGGGUACCUGCAGCCAUUGGGAGCUAUGCGACUCGUUUCCGGCUCCCGGAGAUUCGGUGUACUGCGUGCCGAGGUCCUCCAGACCAGGCUUCUGUAAGUAGUGGCGGAGCCGGUAGCGUCGUUAGCGCUUUCUGUCUCUGUGGUGGCUGCGCCUGUCCCUUUCACCAGGACUGCCUCCUCAGCAGCCUCUCCCGUCAGAGUCCCCGCUCUUCCUCCACCAUCAUCCGCACCAACGCCUACUGCGGCAUUCGUGCCGCCGACGCCACAUCGAUCACAGCUCUCUCCUGCCUCUAUUCUCUAAUGCCAUGUCACAUAAACACAACCGCAGCGACGCGACAAGACUGUCUAAAGGGCGCUCUCCUCCUCUGCCAACGCUGCCGACGUCUGGCUGGCGGCUGUGGAGAGGAGGCGGGGAAGGCUGAGGAGGAGUUUUUUGCUGAGCCCCUGCCUGACGAGUUGCUAGAGGCUGUAGAAUUGAAAGAGAUUAUUGAUGAAGGCGGACAGGCUGUUGAAGAAGAGAAUGAUAACGAGGAAGACGGAGAGGUGGUGGAAGGGCUUCAGGAUUGUGAGGGCGAGACGGUGGAUAUCGAUGGAGAGAUGUCUGUAAAGAAUCGAAAUAUAACACCGACCCCGACUCGAGGUUGGUCUUCGCCAAAUGGCGUGCCGACGGUGAGACGUGGUCAUGGUCGACGUUCAAGGGGGUCAUUUUCCUUAAGAUCUGCACUCGGCGCCGGCCACCGCGGGCGGUCAGCGAAGCGUCCGCGGUAUUUGGAGGACUAUGAGGGUGAUGAAAUGGAGGAGAGUAGCGAUCAAUUCAACAACGACACAAUGGGAAAGAAGACCAAAACGGAGGACAUCUAUGUUGACGAGGAUGUGCUCUAUGAGGAUGAGAUGGAGGCAUACGAUGAUUUAAAACCGAAGAACAAGGCGAGGCGAGGAGUCUUGAACAGUAGGGUUAGCAGGGUCUCGAUGGAAACCAUCGUACCUCGUAAACGAGGACGUCCCUCCAAGGUGAUUACAGCCGCGCCUGUCCGUCAGUUAUCUUCCUUGAAAUCAGUUGAUACAACCGUCAACAAGGUGAAGUCAGAAAGUGGAGAGGAGAAGGAUGGUAUAAGUGAUGGAGCCUCUUCUUGCCCUAUUCGGUCACAACAGGCAGCAGAACGGCUUUUAGCUGAGGUCUCUGCCCUCUCCGCCGCUCGCCCACUAUUGCGCUGUGCCUUGAGCAAGACUUUUCAGUCGGAGGUGCCAUCGGAGCAGUCGGUGCAAACGCAGGCUCAGCAACGACGUCGCAACUCCUCUAGGCCGCGUCGGUCUGCCACCCUUCUCGACGGUUCGUCUCCGACGAAAUCGCCGUUGGUGAGCGGACUUUUGGCGUAUGAUCUGGAAAGUCUUCGUGAUCUUCUGGCACAGGGCAAUCUGCCAGGUGGUCCGGCACAGGUCGUUUCACAGUUGCGACUUUUGACGCAGCACUGGACGUCCUCCAAUCGUCCGGGCAGUCGUCUUCACGGCUGCGCUCUAGACGUCUCGGCGUUUUUGGAGAAGAGACUGCAGGAACUCACUGAAAAUCGACCGACUUAG